CCUGGAGACGGGUUGGACGGAGGGGGCUUUGUAUUGGACGGGGCAGCAUGGGGGCAAACGGCACUGGAGUUGGCCCAGGCGGUUCUUGGGGGCAGCAAGUACGGAGGGGAGUUUGAGCUGUACGGAUUCAAGGUGUACCCCGAGAGGAACUGGAUCCGCGUGCGACUGGACAAACUCAGUGACGUCUACGGCUCCCCAAUGGUGGAGGACAUAGACUCGUUCCUCCGUGACUUCAACGCUCUGGUUAUCGCAGCAGGGGAGAGGGGCGAGCUGCCCCAGGACAUUCAGAUUGAGGUCUCGUCCCCUGGUGCGGAGCGUGUAGUCAAGGUUCCAGACGAUUUGAAACGGUUCAAGGAGCUUCCAAUGUACGUACACUACCGGCUGCCUAGCGAAGCAGACAAUACAGGGGACGAGGAAGCUAAUAAGGGGGAUCUCAGUGCUGGAGGGAGCACCAGCGCAGUUGCCCCUGGAGGGAAAACCUCAGAGGAGAUUCUUUCAUUAGUGGAGGUGGAUGAGGAGGAGCGUGUGACUGUAUGGAGGGUUGCUGAUUUCCAUCCCACCCUGAUUUUCACUCAAGAAGGAUCCAAGGAGCAGCUCGAGUAUCUUCAUUGUGAGCUGAAAGCAUACGAGUGUUUUGGAUCUAAGAGCCAAGACGCUCCUGGCGAAGACACAAGGGAUCUGCUACUGCAAGGUUCUUCCUUGGAAGCUGGAAGCUGA